GCGCGGCUGCUCUUCCCCACUCGCAGACCCAGACUGGGACUGAAGGGCGGGCGCAAACUCUGCGCACAUGCGCACUUCGGCCUAGUUUGGCCAACAUGGCGCCGGUGGAGCAUGUCGUGGCGGAUGCCGGGGCUUUUUUGCGCGACGCGGCUCUGCAGGACAUCGGGAAGAACAUCUACACCAUUCGGGAGGUGGUUAGCGAGAUUCGGGACAAGGCCACGCGCAGGCGGCUCGCGGUCUUGCCCUACGAGUUGCGUUUCAAGGAUCCCUUCCCGGAAUAUGUGCGGCGUGUGACUGAGUUUUCAAAGAAAACUGGAGACUAUCCCAGCCUCUCUGCCACAGAUAUCCAAGUACUAGCACUUACCUACCAGUUGGAAGCAGAGUUUGUUGGGGUAUCUCACCUAAAACAAGAACCAGAAAAGGUUAAAGUGAGUUCAUCAAUUCAGCACCCAGAAACUCCUCUACACAUUUCUGGUUUCCAUCUGCCCUCAAAGCCUAAACCCCCUCAAGCAGCAGUAGAACGUGGACCCCCAGCUGGUGAGCCUGAGGACCAAGAGUUCAGCUCCUUUGUGUUCUGGAGAAACCCUUUGCCUAAUAUUGACCGUGAACUACAGGAGCUGCUGAUUGACAAAGGUGAGGAUGUCCCAAGUGAGGAGGAGAAUGAAGAGAAUGGACUUGAAGAAAGGAAGGACCAGGACAGUGAGGAUGACGACGGGGGUGGGUGGAUAACCCCCAGCAACAUCAGGCAGAUCCAGCAGGAGCUGGAGCAGUGCGCGGUCCCAGAGGACGUGCGGGUCGGCUGUGUGACUACGGACUUCGCCAUGCAGAAUGUCCUGCUCCAGAUGGGGCUGCAUGUGCUGGCUGUGAACGGCAUGCUGAUCCGGGAGGCCCGGAGCUACAUCUUGCGCUGCCACGGCUGUUUCAAGACAACAUCUGACAUGAGCCGAGUGUUCUGUUCACACUGUGGAAACAAGACCCUGAAGAAGGUGUCUGUGACCGUCAGUGACGACGGAACCCUGCACAUGCACUUUUCCCGCAAUCCUAAGGUGCUGAACCCUCGGGGCCUCAGGUAUUCACUCCCCACUCCCAAAGGGGGCAAGUACGCCGUCAACCCCCACCUGACGGAGGACCAGCGCUUCCCCCAGCUGCGGCUGUCCCGGAAGGCCCGGCAGAAAACCGACGUGUUCGCGCCCGACUACACGGCCGGGGCGUCUCCCUUUGCGGAGAACGACGUCUGCAGCCGCUCGGCCGUCCUGCAGGUCCGCGACUGCAUAAUGAAGACGAUCAACAAAGCUUCCUACAGCUCCAUGGUACUGGCCUGCUCCCUGGGGAUACGGGGCAGGCCUUGA